CCAAGGAGGACCUGCUCACUCUUCUUGGUGAAUGACGACGCGUCCGGCCGUCUCCAGCCCAUCCCCGACCAAGACCCGCAAGCUGAACAUGUACGUGAGCCGCCAGCCAUCGGAGCGCGACUGGGACCUGCACCGCCUCCUCCUGCGCCCUUCGCCCUUUGGCAACGAGACCAACGAGGCCAUGGGCAUGGGCGAGUUCGUCCCGGGGACCGCGACUGUGGACUUUCUAAAGACCGAGGCCAAGGUGCUCGUGCUCGGUGCCGGCGGCCUUGGCUGCGAGAUCCUCAAGGACCUCGCGUUCUCGGGCUUCAAGAACAUCCACGUCGUCGACAUGGACACGAUCGACAUCUCGAACCUCAACCGCCAAUUCCUCUUCCGCCGGGCCGAUGUCGGGCAACCCAAGGCGCUGGUGGCCGCCAAGUUUAUCAUGCAGCGCGUCAAGGGCGUGACGGUCACGCCCCACCACUGCGAUCUCCGCACGUUUGACGGUGAUUUCUACAGCGACUUUCGCCUCGUCAUCUCGGGCCUCGACAACAUUGACGCCCGACGCUUCGUCAACUCGGUGCUCGUCUCGCUCGUCGAGAUGGACGAGGACGGCGACAUUGACCCGAGCACGAUCAUUCCGUUCAUUGACGGCGGUACCGAAGGCUUCAAGGGCCAAGCGCGCGUGAUCCUUCCGCGCAUCACGUCGUGCUUUGAGUGCUCGCUCGACGCAUUCCCGCCGCCGACGUCGUUCCCGAUGUGCACGAUCGCCGAGACGCCGCGCCAGCCUGCGCACUGCGUCGCGUACGCGUCGGUCAUCCUCUGGGAGAAGGAGUUUCCGGACACCAAGAUGGACACGGACUCGCCCGAGCACAUGCAGUGGGUCUACCAGCGGGCGCUCGAGCGCGCCGAAAAAUACGACAUCCCGGGCGUCACGUACGCCUUGACGCUGGGCGUCGUCAAGAACAUCAUCCCUGCCGUCGCGUCGACCAACGCGGUGAUCUCGGCCAUGUGUGUCAACGAAGCGCUGAAGGCCAUGAGCUACUGCAGCCAGACGAUGCACAACUACCACAUGCACAUGGGUGCGACGGGUAUCUACAGCCACACGUUUGAAUACGAGAAGAAGCGCUUCUGCGGCGUGUGUGCGACGGAGAGCCAUGUGUUGCGCGUGCACCCCGACACGCUUCUCAAGGAUGUGAUCGCGACCGUGUCGGAGACGUAUCGCCUCAAGAGCCCGGCGCUCGUCGCUGAAAAGAAGAGCCUCUUUAUGCCCAAGCCACCGUCGCUCUACGAGGCGACCAAGGCCAACCUGGAUGUGCCGAUCAAGGAUCUCGUCGAGGAUGGCAAGCACGUGACGAUCACGGACCCGGUCUUUGUGGGCGACAUCUCGCUGAACCUCCGCAUCCAGUUCGAAUUGGAUGCCUAAGCGAGUUAACGUCAAGACGCCCAAGAUGUCGGAGAGAUCCGUUUUUGAUGGCAUUGAAGCAGAGUAGGAACUGCGUGCAAAGCGGCGUGGAAGAGUGACUCAGAGUGGCACGCUGGGAGGAUUCUCCCUCCUC